AUGGCAACCUUCAUGCCGCCGCUCAAUUACCCCGAAAUAUACAAAUGGUGGGAGUCACGCGUUGCUGAAGUCACCUCAGGCGAGCUGCAGAUCAUUGUCUCACUCUCUGAGGUGAGUAGUAGAACAUCUCGGUCUGACGCAGACAAGGAAAUCAAAAUUCCUUUCUCCGAGGGAGCAACCACCCCUGGCACAUCAGAGCUAGAGGUCUCCGGCCUGGUCGCGCUCUCAACACCCUUUAGUCAGACCGGACCCUUUCGAGGUGUGGUACAAAAACUCUUUACAUCCCCCUUCCACCGCAGAAAGGGUAUUGCCAGGGCGAUGAUGAAGAAGUUGGAAGAAGUUGCCUGGGACCUCGGGAGAUGGAGCCUACUUCUAGACACUACUGUCGGUACAGAUGCCGAGCAUGUUUACCCUCGGCUUGGAUAUAAGCAGAUAGCCUAUGUCCGUGAGUAUGGCUUCUCGCCUAAGGAUGGAAGGCUUUUGGAUGAGAUUUGGUUUUACAAGGAUUUGCGUCAUGAUACUAGGCUGUGA